CCAUAUAAUGGCUGGCGCCAUUCCUUCCCAUUGUCUCUGACCAGACCAGAACAUUCAUUCAUUUUCUGUUACCGCAGGCCUCCAAUCUCACGUCAUUCCACGUCGCAUCAACAGGGUUUUGCCAAGGGCUUGAUCGCGGCGACAAGACCAUGGGCUCAUCGAUAUUUGGAGUCGUGGUCGCCGUCUGUUCAUUGGUGCACGAGGUGAUACUGUUUUGGUUCAAGAAACUCCGCGACUGGAGGAGGAGACGAAGUGUGGUGGACUCAUGGCUCGAUGAGUUGCGCGAUGCCGAGGUCUUUGAAGACUGGGAACACGCCGCACUGCAGCUCGACAACAUCAAGGAGCUGAAUCUUUGGCGCAACGAUCCGUCCUCACGCUCCUACGAUUGGGCACUCAUCAACCAGCGCCUCGACCUGCUCGAUUCAGCCAACCGGCAUAACGACCCGCAAGCGCUUGUCGAUCUGAUCCGAUCCGGCCUCGUUCGCAACUUGGGCAACAUCACAGCGCCCAAGCUAUACAAUCGCUCCUUCGCAGGCACCAAAUUUCUCAUUGAGGAGUACGUUGCCCAGGUCGCCAGCGCGGUCGAUGUUAUCAGCACCCAGCAGAUCGGGCUGACGGAUCAGGAGAAGCUGAGCGUCCUGCACGACACGCGCCAGGCCCUGGGGCGGACUACACUAGUUCUGCAGGGCGGUGCCAUCUUUGGGUUGUGUCAUCUCGGAGUAGUGAAGGCCCUGUUUCUGCGAGGGUUGCUGCCGCGCAUCAUCACCGGCACAGCCACGGGAGCGCUGAUUGCGGCUUUGGUCGCUAUCCACACUGAGGAUGAAUUGCCGGGUGUGCUGAAGGGCGAUGGGAUCGACCUUUCGGCUUUUGAGGCACAUGCACUCCACGGACCUCAGAAGAAGCAGUUGGUGGGAUCCGGCUGGGAAACCCUACUGCGUCGGGUUAGGAGAUUCGUACGGGAGGGCUACUUCCUUGACGUGAAGGUGUUGGAAGAAUGUGUCAAGGCCAAUGUGGGCGAGAUGACUUUCAUGGAGGCAUACAACAGGAGCAAAAGAGUUCUCAACAUAACCGUGGCGACCGCUGGGCAGGGCGGCGUUCCGACCCUGCUCAAUUACAUUACCACACCUAAUGUGUUGAUUUGGACAGCAGCAGUGGCCUCCAAUGCUUCGACUCCCUCACUUUAUGGAAGCCGGGAGACGACAGUACUCUGUAAAGAUGUUGAUGGCAACAUCGUGCCCUGGGCACCGGCAGACGCUUUCCAACACUGGACGCACAUGCACGCGUCGGACAAGGACAGCAAGUCCUCACCACUAUCUCGGAUAUCUCAGCUAUUCAACGUCAACCACUUCAUCGUCUCCCAAGCUCGUCCCUAUCUGAUCCCAUUCCUGGAAUCCGAUAUGCAUGGCCCAUCUCUGUUUUCGGCAAGGCAUAAACGCGCACAGAUCACAGGUCAUAUAAUCCGCAUGGUAGGGCUGGAGCUGCGUCACCGGUUGAGGCAACUCGAUACGUUGCGUCUGCUCCCCGCAAGCAUACGUCGCUUCCUGGUCGACGAGGAAGUGCCCGGACCAAGCAUGAUCCUGGUACCCAAGGUAACGCCAGGAGACUUUGUGCGUCUGCUCGAGACGCCCACCAGAGAAACUCUCGACUACUGGAUCCUCCGCGGCGAGCGCAGCGUCUGGCCUGCCGUGUGUGCCUUGAGGAUGAGAUGCACGGUCGAGUACAACAUCGAGAAGUCGUACCAGCGCCACCGCGCCCUCAAAGCCGGCGUCGGACGACGGAAAGCCAGCACCACGCAUGCCACAGGGCUCCCGGUUAAUAACGCGCAGCAGGGGCCCAGGCAGAACAGUGCGGAUACGGUUCCGAUAACGUACAAGGAUGAGCGUUCCCAGAGCACGAGUGGCGGCGCUUAGAGACCCCGUCAGCCCAGCGAGAAUGCAGUCUUCGGGCAGGGUGCCAGGGACAGUGGGGAUCU